AUGUCGUCGUUAGAUGUGUCUUUAAGACUUACAGGUAAAGUUGGAAGAAAACGGAUUGGAGUCAACAUUAAUCAAGUCAAAGAAAUUCCACUUUGUCGUCGAACAAAUAUUCGAUCUCUGUCUUUUGUGAUGAACAUGGCAAAAUCAACCGUCUUGCGGUGUGUGAAAGAUGGAACUCUUCGGCCACAUUCUAAUUCCAUCAAGCCUCAGUUAACCGAAGGAAACAAAAAGGUUAUGUUUAUGGCACGUCCUCGAUUUGAUGAAAAUGGAAUUGAGUUGUUUUCUGGAAAAAUAGGAACUAUGGAAACAAAGCCCAUUCUGUCAGUAACUAAAGAUAUCAGUAGAGCUUGCUUGAUAGAGAAAGUUCUUCCUACUAUUAGAGCAAAGUGGCCAGCUUCCGAUUCAAAUAAUCCUAUCAUUUUACAACAAGAUAAUUCAAGGCCACAUAUUGGUAUCAAUGAUUUGGAAUUUAUUGAAGCUGCCCGACAAGAUGGAUUUGACAUUAGAUUGUGUUUUCAACCAUCGAACAGUCCAGAUUUAAAUCUUUUAGAUCUUGGUUUUUUUAGAGCAAUCCAAAGUCCUCAAUAUCAAAAGGUCCCUAAAAAUGUUGAUGAAUUAGUGGAAGCAGUGGAAAGAUCUUUUGAUGAAAUGAAAGAGAAACAACUCAAUUAUGUAUUUCUUAGUUUACAAUUUUGUAUGAUUGAUGUGAUGAAAGAUAGUGGCGGCAAUAAUUACAAAGUGCCUCAUUUGAACAAAAAUGGACUAGAAAGAGAAAAAAACCUUCCUCUCCAACUUCAUUGUGAUAUUGAUAUCGUCAAUAAAGAUUUGGCUCUACUUCAACAAUGA